AUGGGCCUGAGCCCCUCUAAGACUCACUCUAGAGUAACCAAAGUAGCACCUUUUCAAAACAAAGAGGAAGAAACGCCUUCGACUGCACCUGUGGACUUUGCAUUCGAUCAGAACCUGGAAGAAAAGAGCGCAUAUUCGUUGGCAAGACUGCAGGAGCGGAACAAAGCUUGGGAAGGGCAGCUGCCACCUCUGCGAGAGACCUGGUAUGGGAGAUAUUCUGCAGUGCCCAGGGCCAUGUAUUUUGACAUCCCAGUGGAACAGGGAGAACCAAGUAUUAUUAAAAGGCAUCCACCCCGAAGACUUCAAAAGCUUGAACCCAUUGACCUGCCGCAAGUAAUUACUUCUGAAAGGAUCCUGAGCCAGCAAGAAGCCAGGAGAACUCACAAAGCAAAGCAGGAAUUGGAAAAGAAGAUGCAAAUUCCAAUGUAUACUUCUGGGAAAAGACAAUAUUUACAUAAGAUGCAAAUGCUGGAAAUGAACCGUAAAAGACAAGAGACCCAAAUGGAGUUGAAGAAAAGCCUGCACAAGGAGGCAAAGACUAAUAAGGAGAAACUGCGGGAACAUAAAGCCAAGAAAAUCCUUCACAGCAUCCCAAGAAAUGAUCAUGGUGACUCUCUAACCUUGGUGCCUGAUGAAACCUUAAACCCAAGUGCAGGAAAUCAACAGGAUGCACAAUUUUUAGAAAAUCAAGCAAGGAAUGACUACUGUCCCCGGAAAAUUGGCAAAAUGGAAACAUGGCUCCGUGAAUGUGAGGCCCAGGGCCAGCUUCUCUGGGACAGUUCUAGCUCUGACUCAGAUGAGUUAGGUAAUAUCAAGAAGAAACCACAAGCCCUGGUGAGGACCAGGACAGAGAGAAUCCCAGUUUUUGAUGAGUUUUUUGAUCAAGAAUAAGAAUGCUAUUCACUAACCGGGAUACUUAGUGCAU